CCAAUGAUGUUAACUUUCGAAGAGCGCGCUUGCGCAGUUGUCGCAUUACGUCAUGAUAAAGAAAGCAACUGAAGGAAAGAACAAAGACAGUCGAGCUUCCACAACACCGCAAUUUUCGGGACACGACAGGCAGCAAACAGGCAGGUUAAGUAUUCUGUGGAAUUGUUUGGUAAUUCAUUCGUGGUUGUGGAAAUUGCGGGUGCUGACGUUUGAAAGAACAGUUUAAGAGGAGAAUUUGUAUAUUUUAUAAGAACAUUCUUGAACAAUGAGCGUUAAACAUCUGAGUAUUGGAUCCACAAAUCCCCCUUUGCAAAGGGGAAAGUGGCGGCUUUACAGCAUGAGGUUUUGCCCGUAUGCCCAACGGGUUCACUUAGUACUGGACGCCAAAAAGAUUCCUUAUGAUGUGGUGUACAUAAAUCUAACAGAAAAACCAGAGUGGAUUUACGACAAAAGCCCCCAGGGAAAAGUUCCUGUGAUUGAAUGCGAUGGUGAAACACUAUAUGAAAGUUUGGUGAUAGCAGAUUUUUUAGAUGAAAAAUAUCAAGGCAGGCCUUUGUAUCCCAAGGACUUGGUUAAGAAAGCAAAAGACAAAAUUUUAAUUGAACAUUUUCAUUCGGUGAUUGGAUCCUUGUAUAAAAUAAGCAAAUUCAAUGCCAGCUCAGAAGAGUAUUUAGAUGAUUUCUUAGCGGGAUUGGAUGUUUAUGAGGCAGAACUAGUAAAGAGGGGAAAGCCGUUCUUUGGAGGAGAUAAACCAGGCAUGGUUGAUUACAUGAUCUGGCCGUGGUGUGAACGUGCUGACAUGCUUAAAAUUGUAGGUGGUGAUAAAUUUGUUUUGCCGAAGGAACGAUUCAGACGUUUGAUGGAAUGGCGACAAGCAAUGAAAGAUGAUGAUGCUGUGAAGGCUAGUUAUUUGGAACCCACUAUACAUGCCCAGUACUUGAAGUCUUUCAGAGCUGGUUAUCCAGAUUAUGAUUCUAUUCUGAACAAAUGAAUGGAGACCUGAAUUUUUGUAUUUUUCUACAUUCUUAGUCAUUCUUAAAGACAAAAUCAUUGGUGUUGUGUAUAAAAUUUAUUUAUACUUCCGAAAUUGAUUUGUUUGAUUAGAUGGUAUCAUUGCAUUUAUUUAAUUUUAUUCAUCUCAUAUCGGGUUAUAUCAUAGUACAAAAUAAGAUAAUUUCAAGUUAAUUCCAUGCAAGCUAGUCGGGCAUCUACAAUUAGAUUGUUUCUGCUGCGAUACAUAUAAGAUAAGUGUUUGGUGCUAAGUUAGAAUUGCAUCAAGGGAUAUUUUCUUGAUUAAAUUCUAUGGCAGGAUCUGCAAUUUCAGCAAAGUUGUGCAGUGUUUUACAUAUGGUGUGACAAUUUGUAGGUGCUGCAAUCUGCCUGGCCUGAAUUGAUUUGAACUUGGGUGAAUCUGCAUUUUCAUGGCCAAAAUAUAUGAUGACAUUUACUAAUGUUAUUUGCUAAUGAAUUAAUAUAUUCAUUGUUUGAAUGAGUAUCACAUUGCCUAAUGACUCUAAAUGUACAUAGUACAAGAUACUACUUAUUCAUACUCGUGUAUUUGUGUGAUUUUGUCUUUAAGGAAUCAUUGCAUUUUUAUUUUCUUCUUAGUUACUAGCUUUUUUCAUGAUUUUGAUUACUAUCAUUGUAAUGUUAUUGCUUGUGUAAGUUUGUAUGGUACUAAAUAUAUAAAAUGUCUGCAAAGAUUAAAAUUUGUGUUUCUCAAUGUUAGUUCUUAAAGGAAGAUUGCUAUGAACAUAAAGCAUUGCAUUGAGAAUGAAGUAACAGCUAUUUGAGUGUGCACUGCAGUUACAUGAGUAAAUGACAUUUUACUUUUGAUUAGUAGGUUAUAUUUACUUUGUGUUCAUUUUCUUGUGUACUGUGUAAAGAUUUUUUACACACAUUGUACUUAUAUAUACUACUGCUGGUGCUUUUCUUUGUACUAUUUGCUGAUAAUUGAAGCAACAAAUUAUUUCUAAUUCUUUUAAUAUUAUGUGCUCAUUCCAUUGCUUUUAUGUCUUAUUUGUGUUUGUUACUUAAAACAAAAUGUAAAAAUUGUGACUUAUGUUGUAUGUUGUAAACAUAGACUGAACAUAAUUGCAUUUUAUAAUCAAUUGAGAAAUUAAGGGUCCAUGUGAAUGAAUAAAUAACUAGUCGUUUGUUUAAGUGUUAUAGGCUAAAUUUUUCAAAAUCUCGAUACCUGGAAAAAUUGUGUUCAAACAUGAAUGCUUGCCUAGUGCAUCUUGAGUAUAUAAUUCUCAUGUUUAGGAACUGAAUUGUGAAACAAUUUGGAAAUGGUUGGGAAUGGUAGUUGGUAUGGAAUAUGCCUUUAUGUUCAUUCUUAAAUAGGUAUGCGACUGUAAAAUGUGUGGCAUGGGAUACAGGUUUUAUAAUUGCAUAAAUGAGACACUGGCAUGUACUUUCAAAAUGCAUUAUUGAUGGUGUAUUUGUUACUCAGUAUUCAUGAAGUGUAUUUGAUAUAUGAGUUAAUGUCAGAUGAAUGCAAAGUUGUGUAUUUAAUUCAUUUAAGUUUUCUGUAAACACUUACCCAUUAUUUUGUUUCGUUAAUAUAUCCUAAGAACAAUUCUAAAUCAUAUUUAAUGAUGUAAAAAAUAUACUACUAUAUCUUAGCACAAAAUUGUCUCUUGAGUGUGGUUACUUUUUUUUUUUUUUUUUUUACUUAUAUUUUCCAUUUGAAAUAAUGAGCUAAUACAUUAAUACUUAAUUGGUGCUAUGUUAAUGAUUCUGAAAAUCUUGUAAUCUUUAACAAACAUUGUAAUUCUUUAUGAUGUAUCGUGAACAAAACACUGUAAUUAAAUAAUAUGUUGUUAAUUUUACUUUACUUCUUUCUGGUGGAACGGAUGAAGAUUUUUAACUACAAAAAACACUAAAACAAUGAUCAGCAUUACAUUUAGUAUCAAAUACCAACAUAUCAUGUUGCAACAUUGUAUUCUGCAACAUUCUUGUGUUGACUAUUAAAUGUUUCUGAACUAUUUUCAGUGAUAUUUCAGUGUCUUGCUCUGCAUCAAUCAAUUUUUUUUCUUUUUACUGGAAGCAAUAUAUCUUAUGGUAAAGUGAAUUUCUUAAAGUAUUGUAUGUGCAAGUUGUAAUUUUGAAAAUAUCUGUGGGUUUAGUUUUAGUCAUGGUUGCUACUUUUAUUCAACACUAAACAUGUGAGCAGUGGUACUGAUUGGCCAAAAAUCAACGAUGGAUCC